AUGGAGGAGGCGCAAGAAGAGGGUGGGAACCCGGCGCAGGCCCUCGAGCUCGCCUACUUGAAGGCGGCGUUCCUCGCUAUGGAACCCGCCGACUUCGUGGUCUCCUUCGCCAGGUGUGUCUUCCUCGCGUACCUGAAGGCGACUGCCUGGUCUCCUAACUGUGCUUCUGCGCAAUCAGGGUAAAAACUCAGCGUAAUCGCAAUAAUUUAGAUACCUCUCCGAAACGUAGACGAACAGAGGGUAAUUUGGAUCCCUCUUCCAAUACGUGUAGUGUAGGGGAGAAUAUGGCGAUCUCCAAAGUGGAGAGCAUUCAUCUUUUGUGUAAGUUGAUAUUCUCGAAGGUGACCGCUUUGUGGUAAGAUGAAGACAGUCUGCAUCUUACCACAAAGGAGAGAGACUCCUUAAUGUCUAGUCCCUUCACUGCAUGAGUGAGUUGGUAAACUUAAAUCCAUCGUGAAACUGAGCCCGUGUAGAUGAUCGGGCAUGGAUACAUGCAGCUGCUAUUGAAUAUAUCUAUAUCCAUCAGCCUGCAUGCGAAGAAAUUUGACCAUAAUUUCGCUUUAUAGAAAUUUAUUGAGACAGCAUCUCCUCUGCUGGUGUCCCUGUUUUCUGUUUUUUGCCAAGAAGGCUCCUAUCGAUAGGUACAGUGUCGUGCUGGUUUUUCUAUUUGCAUACAAGUGGUUCUUUUGAUUUAUGAUGAAAUGAUCAUUUUGAUCGUUAUAGCUUAUUGUUUCACCUUAAUGAUCAGAGAGUAUAUCUACAUGCACGUCCUAUGUGUAGAAUCUAAUUGUUCAAUGCUUCAGUAAAUUUCGUCCCGUCUCCAUGCACUGGCUUUAGUUAAUAAUGUAUUGUAAUUCUUCUUGUAGUAUUGUCAAGGCUUGUAUACUGUGAAUCGCAAUACAUUUGUUUAUGAAAUUUGGUUAGAUUUUUUCUGGCCCUUCAUUAAAAUAUAAUCGUAACAUCAGACAUUCUAGCCUAAUGCUAUAUCUGUGUAGACAAUCUGGUGGUGGCUCGUUGACAGAGGGAGUGCAAAAUUUCAUCAUGGAAAAUUGUAUCAAAUAUAUGGUAAGCUUCUAGCUGUUGUAUAUUUUUACCUAUCACUGUCGAAUCUUUUGCACAUUUGUAUAAAUGAUCUUGCUCAAGAAGAGUAUUAUUCCCAAUCUUCUUCUUCAAUAGAGCGUUAGGAAUUUUCCGCUGUAUUUAAAUGUUGCAAAGACCUUGUAAGUUAUGUAUCAUAGCAAAUAGAAACCGUUCAGAAGUCCAAAAGUAAUGGGAAUUUGAUGUGUUUCGUAUUUUGUCUGAACAUUCUAGUACUCUGCUUUUUACUCGUCUCUCCAUAUGUAUUGCCUGGCACGAGGAAGUGAUGCAGGUUGACCUGCUUUGCUCAAUUCGGGUCUGAUUUGAAUUACAAAGCAGAAAUUGCCUAGGAUUACAAAUAUUUUCAUAUUCGGGAGAUUUCCUAGCGAUCAUGUAUUUUUUCUGCCAUAUUUGGUUCACCUACGUUUUAGAUCUUGGCUUAAGUUAGAAGUCGAAGUUACCUUCUGGGGAAUGGAUGAAAUAGAGAUGACAACAAGGAUAUCGACUGUCUUGCUAAUCUGAUGGUGGGAAACAUGAGUGGGAGAUUCUGUUCGUGACUGUUGUAAGGGGAAUUGUGUCUCCGGUGAGCUAACUGCUCUCAUGUUCAUGGCCAAUUAAUGCUCAAGGUACCUUGGAAGUGCCUGCUGUGCUAGGGUGUAUAGGAAUUCAAUCAGUUGCUGUGGAUGAAGUGUCUUUAGGUUUAUUUCCCACCUUGUUGCAUUCAAGAGCUUACUCAUUUUUGUCAAGAUAAGAGGGAAAUAGUGAUGCUAAGUGCUGCUUUAGGAAGCUACUGCUUGCAGGUCUUUUAACGAUAUAUAUAUAUAUAUAUUUGGGAGAGAUGAGUCUCCUGCUUGAAGGGCACACACGCUUUCUCUUUUCUCCAUCGCACUCUGCUGAUUCCUCUGUCACUGUGUGCCCUUCCUGACCUCUAUUUUUCUUUUACCUUGAUCGUUGGGGAGUACUUGGAGAGGAGUUCAAUGCCUUAGGCUAUUAAAUAAACUGGAGAGGACAUGAUCAAAGAGAAGGGUACCAAUACACAACACAUUUUUAGAAGGAAGUUCUCUCAUCUUUGAUGCAAGCAAAUGAUAAUUAUAGUGCCUUCAUGAUUACCCCGUAUAAAAUAUUUCUAUUAUUUUAUUUUUAUUUAUUAUUUGUGCAUUAAUGACUAUGAAUUAAUGAAUGGACUUUUUUGCUUGUUUCCUUAUGCAACAAAAUCAUAUAAAGACUUACAGAAAAAUCAUGUUGAAAAUGCAGUGAAAAUUUCAUCCUGAAAGGACGAAUGCCAUAAACUCAAUAACAUACCCUGAACCGCUGUUGUUGGAAUUGAGUUAUUGUUACGGUUGAGUAAUUGGGUAUUAAGUAAUCAAUAACAUAUCCCAGAACCACUGUUGUACUUUGCAUUUUUGAUUUUAUCUAUGUUACAAAAUUGGAAGGGUACAGAAAAAAUCACUCUCUGCACUUAGCACAGCCUAAUCUAGGCUUCUUUUGCAUGUUUCCUACUCCUAAAAUUCUUCAUGUUAUGUUGGUCAUGUGUCAGAGUCCGAAAGUGGAUUUGAAUGUGAAGAGAUUUGUUAGGAUAAACCCCUACUAGUCAGUAGGAAGAUAAACCCGAGAUUAAACUGAGGGAUUUACUCCUCUCAGUGCCAGUUAGUUUUCAAUUGGAUGGUCCAAUAACUUCAGCAGAAUUUCUUUGUCCCCUCUUGACACCGAAAAUUGCACAAUAUAGAAGAAUUAUGUGUGCUUUCUUUAGACAAAGUCAUUACCCAUCUUAUCAUUCAAUCACAAAUGAUCAUCAUCUUCUUUCCACAGCAAGGACAUAUUUCCCCCACAUUAUUGAGUCUCUUUUGUAGAAGAUCAUGGAUCAUCUUCCUCAUAAACUAGAGAUUGAUCAUUCUACAAGCAGAUGAUCUGUAAGCUCCACCUACACAUCACAAUGAUAGCAAUUUGAGUCAUCUACAUGAAUUUAAUAAGUUGGGACUAUUCCUAGAUUUGAUGGCCUAUGGUUGAUAAUCUGUUAUGAAGCCAACCAUCAUCUACAAAAGACGACCUAGAACCCCACGUUGAGAGGGGACUACCAUAGAAUAAUGUGUUAGGGCCUAUAAAUAUAGAAGAGGCCCGAAUAAGAAGGGAGGGAAAAACAGAGGAGUUAAGCGGGAGACUUGUCUUUGGGGAGGUCCGAUUCAGGUUUCUCCUGUUCUUAAGGAUUGAUCUGACCUCAGGAACUCUUCCUGUUGUCUGCGAACCUUCUAUUGUCUUUUCAUUUUCUAUUGUUAAUUCUUUUGUCUGGUUCUCCAAUACAAGCGAAGUGUCAAUUCCGUGAGUGGAGCCACUUCUAAGGUAGGAUUUGAGCAUACAUUUGUCAAAAUCUCGAGAGGUUCAUAAUGUUGGUAUCACAAUAGGACAUCCUAGUCUUUUUCUGAAAGCAAGAUUUUGUUCGUGCCCUAAUAGGGAUCGAAUUAGCAAGGCUGAAGUAGAAAUUCGUUCCAAGUUCGGUUUACAACAAAUUGAAGAAAUGUAGGUAAUUCUUACAAUAAUUUCGUUCAACCAUAGUUCCACAUUGUUUUCCAUAGAGUCAGAGCAUUGGAAGAAGAUUUGGCAGAUCUGUUGUAGGAAGCACAAUCAUCUGAAACAAAUUAGAACCUAUCUCGAUCGGCAGAUGCUCACCAUGUCUAAGGCACAUCAGAUGGCUUCGCUAGAAGAGGAGGUCACAUCACUAAAAUAAGGAUAUGCUAAACAAGAACAAUCCCUAAUUGAGCAAAGAGAAACUCUCAACUAGAUUCUACAAAAAUUAUCCACAAAGGAUGCACACUCUAGUUUGUAUCCAAAUGAAGAUCCAAGAGAGGAACUGAGGCAACCAUAUAAUGGCUCCACUCAUUUGAGCCAAGCUUCACAAGAUGACCAAAUAUAGAUAAAUCAGUUGAUAGAGUUAUCAAUUUUUCAAGGAAAUGGCCCUAAGUGAUGGAUCAAGCGUGCUGAGAGAUAUUUCUGCCUAAACCCCAUGCCAGAACAUGAUAGAUUUAAGCAAAUUAUGUUGAGUAUGGAGGGAGAAGCUUUAGAAUGAUAUCUCUAGAUAGAAGAUAGGUUUCCAUUUCGAAAUUCGCCUAACUUCAAUAGCCAAUUGGAGAAAUAGUUCAAGAUGUCUGAGAUAGGGAGUUCACUGCAACAGCUAAUGAGUUUAUAAUAAACCACCUCAAACAUGUCAUGAUUCUUAUAGAAGAGAAUUCUAGAAUACAAAUAACAAAGAUAAUUUUAGAAAAGAUUAUUAGAAUUCAAUAGAAGACACAUCAAGGGGUAAUUCUAUGACAUCCAAGCCACCUAUGAGUAACUACAAGAUACUCAAAUUGAUAGAGCAGCAAUUUCAAAAAGAAGAAAUAAAAAACUUUGCUAUUAUUGCAAUGAAAAAUUCACUCCAGGGUAUCACUGUAAAAAAGAAAGGUAUAUUAUUAUUGUGGAUGAAGAGCAAAAAAGUGUAAAGGAUGGCAACACUGACAAAGGGUGGGAACUGUUUGAUCAGGCCAUAUCCAACACAGAUGAGAAUGCCUUCACUACACAUGUGUCUUUAAAUUUAGUCAUGGGAAUUACUCAACAAGGGACUGUGAAACUUUAGGGAAAAAUUUAUGACAUUGAGGUGUCUAUACUCAUUGACAGGACGGUAAGUCACAAUUUCUUUUGCACCAAAAUAAUUGACAACUUAUCCUUAUAAAUGGAGAAGUUAAAUGGCUACAAUAUAGUUAUGGGUUACAGAAACAUAGUGGCAAGAGCAAUAAUUUGCAAGGCUAUUUCUCUCUAUGCGUAAGGUGUAUUAAUAGUACAAGAUUUCUUACUGUUGGAAUUGAGUGGCAUGGAUGUGAUUUUAGGUAUAUAGUGGUUAAGAACUCUAGGGUGGAUCCUUUCUAACUAUGAGAAUUUCAUAAUGAGAUUCAUGAUAGGAGCCAAAAUUCACAUUUUCAAAGGGGAUCCUAGUAUCACAAAAAUCAGUACGUUACCAAGAAAAGGAGGGAAUGAACUUAAGAGUAGCAAUGCAUAUAUGGUCGAAUUGUAUCAUAUUUAAAUAAAGACACUAAUGCACCUAAUGAUCUAGAAAUUAGUCUAAAACAAAAAUUUCCCAAGGUUUUGAAGCAUUGACAAGAAUGCCACCUGAGUACCCUAUUGACCAUGCCAUUCAUCUAUUACCUAGAAGAAAACCUACUAGCUUGAGACCUUACAAAUACUCUCAUUUCCAGAAGAAUGAGAUUGAGAACUAGUCUAAGAACUCAUAUCAACAAAGGUCAUACAACCUUCGCAUAGUCAUUCCUUAUGCAAACCUUGUAUUAUUAGUCAAGAAAAAGGAUGGUGGAUGGAGAGUUUGUAUAGAUUAUAACGUGUUGAACAGAGCUACAGUUACUAAUUGAUACCAUAUUCCAAUAGUAGAUGAGCUACUAGAUGAGUUACAUGGGAAAUCAAUUUUUCAAAACUUGAUUUAAAAUCAAGAUAUUAUCAUAUUAGAAUGAAAAGGGAAGAUGUAACUUGAUUUAAAGUUAUGCCUUUAGGAUUAUCAAAUCACUAGCAACCUUUCAAUCACUUAUGAACCAAAUAUUUCAACAUCACUUGAGGCAGUUCAUAUUGGUUUUUUCUUUUUAUGAUAUAUUUGUGUAUAGGGUCAUGGCUGCUUAACAUCUGCGUCAUAUGAGAAAUGUGUUCUUUAUUCUCUUUGAAAUUCUCUUCAUAUAAAUGUUAAGCAAUGUAGAUUUGGAGAAAGUAAAUUAGAGUAUUUGGGCCACUAGGUGUCGACAGAAGGAGUAGAAGUCGAUAAGGAAAGAUAUCUGCUAUGAUUAAUUAGCUGAUUCUUAGAAAUCUUAAGAAACUCCAUGGGUUCCUAGGGCUCAUUGGAUAUUACAAAGGAUUUAUUAUUAACUAUGCUUCGAUUGCAUGGCCACUAACACAAUUAUUAAGAGAAGAUGCAUUCUAUCAGUUAGGAGAAGCACAAGUCAAUAAUGCUAAUACUAGAGCCCUAGUCAUUACUUUCAAAAGACAUCAUAGAAUUUCGCAACAAUUCUAUUAGCAAGGAAUGAAGAGAGAUAUAAAGGCACAUAUUAACAAUUUAUUGCACUACUUGCUUGUGGUGUAAAUCUUCUUCAUUAUCACUAGUUGGAUUUCUGCAAUCAUUAUCUAUACCUACACAAAUAUGGGAAGACCCUCAAUGAAUUUCAUUGAAGGCUUGCCCAAAUCAUAUGAGAAUAUAAUAUUAGUCGUAGUGGAUAGAUUAAGUAUAGCUAUUGCUUUGUAUUAUCCAUUCUCAAUCAAAGAGGUCGCUUAAGUAUUCAUCAAGGAAAUUUUAAGGCUCUUCGGGGUUUUCAAAGAUAGUGGUCUCCAACAGGGGAUGAAUAUUCUUAAGUGCAUUUUGCCGUGAGCUACACACUACAUGGGACUGAACUCAAAUUCAGCUCUUCUUAAUACCCUCAAACAGAUGGACAGGUUGAAGUAGUCAACAUAUGCUUAGAAAAUUAUCUGAGAUGUGUGGUAUUUGAUAAGUUGAAAUAGUGGAAAUUAUGGUUUCAUUGGGCAAAAUAUAGUUAUAAUAUCUUUUAUCAAUUUUUAUUAAAAUGACUCCUUUUCGAGUAGCAUAUUGUAGGGAACCAUCAAAACUUAUCAAAUAUGAGACAUCUCCUUCACCCUCAAUGCUAUAGAUCAACUGCUCUCAAAACAAGAUGUUAUCUUCAAGAUUCUAAAAUUCAACUUGCACAAAGCACAAGUGAUGAUGAAGUUUAAUAUAGAUAAGCUUUAUAGAGAAGUUGAAUUAGAAGUAGGUGAGUUGGUAUUUCUCAAGAUCAAAUCAUAUCUGAUGAGAUAUUUGGCAAAAAAGGAAAACGAAACGUUAAAUCCUCACUAUUUUGAUUCGUAUCCUAUUAUUGAAAGAAUUGGACUAGUGACAUACAAACUCUAAUUAUCAGACCAUUUAGCUAUUCAUCCAAUGUUCCAUAUAUCCCAGCUCAUGAAGACACUUAGAAUAGACAAUAGAAGUCAACUAAUUCUCCCCACACUAUCAGAAGAUCAAGAAUAGGUACUAAUUCCAGAUGGAAUAAAAUAUCACACGUCGACUCCUCAAGCUUGGAGAUAUUAGUUUCAUGGAAACAUCUUCCAGAAUUUGAAUCAUCAUGGAUGAUAGUAUUAACAUUCCUUCAACAAUUCUUUAUAUCUCACCUUGUGGACAAGGUGAAACUCAUGAGGGGAAGUAAAGUUACGAAGCCAACUGUUGUCUAUUAAAGGUGGCCUAGACCCCCAUGUUGAGAGGGACCAUCAUAGAAUAAUGUAUUAGAGCCUAUAAAUACAGAAGAGGCCCGAAAUAAGAAGGGGGGGAAAAACAGAGGAGUGAAGCGGGAGAUCUGUCCUUGGGGAGAUCCGAUUCAGGCUCUCCUGUUCUUGAGGAUCGAUCUGACCUCAAGAACUCUUCCUAUUGUCUGCAAACCUUCUACUGUCUUUCCAUUUCCUAUUGUUCAUUCUUUUGUCCGGUUCUCCAAUACAAGAGAAGUGUUAAUUCCGUGAGUAGAGCCACUUCUAAGGUAGGAUUUGGGCAUACAUUUGCCCAAAUCUCAGGAGGUUCGUAACAUAUCUCUAUGAACAAACCUAGACUGCCACAAUGUAUUUGGAAUUACCAAUAUAUCAGCUAUGAAUUUAUAAGUGGAGAUCACUUGAACUCCAAGUGGCUGCCAUCUGGGUUGGGCACAAGAUCCUUUGGGAAGGGUAAAAAAUAUGUAAGCUUUCUGAUCUCCUUUCCCUGCUUAUUUCUUCUAACUGCAGUGUCCUAUCCUCCACCUGGUAUUUUUAACAUCAUUGCAGACAGAGCUUGUGUCCUCCCAAAGCUAUUGCUUCACCAGUGCCAUUCUUCAGCUUCCCCUUCUCUCAUCCAUAAAUCCCCAGAGAAUUUACUAUGAUUCCUUAGUCAUUAAUAUAGAAAUUCUUAAGAAAGGCAAAAUAUAUUGUGGCAAGCAGGACAACACAGCAUCACACAUCCUCCCUUGAUACAAUUCUAGUCCGUAUCAAACUCAUGUGUGCUCCCAAUCCUUCAUUAUCCGACACCACUUGCUAGAGGAAGGCCUUACUGCUGGAUUAUUGUAAAAUUUUAUGGCACUAUUCGAGAAGAAUUUUGUAGCCUUUUACUCAUUCAGAUAAUUGAGGAAUCAUCUUCGGAUGGUUAAUUUUUUAUUAGUGUAUAUAGCUAUGGAAAAGAGUUUAAUAAGCUCAACAUGUGGCCUUUUAUUUCCUGUUGGACACGUGCUAGCUAACAGGUUUACUCAUGAUGGCCUUUAUUCUUUUUUGUCACCCUUGCCAUGGCACAUUGGAGACAAUGCUUCUAUCAACAGUACUGGUGUUUCAUUGUGGUAUCUUUUGCCUUUCAAAAUAAUAGUGCUUCAGAUAACUUUCAUCUUUAUUUCCAUGAAUUAUGAAAUUUUAAACCUUUUGUAAAAUCAGAGUUACUUCUUUCAGUUUUCUGAGGAGUGGCUUAUGCUGACCACAUUACUUUCUUGCUUAUUUUUUUAGAUGAGCAAAAAUUGUGCAUCUAGCCGUGGAUAUACCAAAAAUAUCUUGAAGAAGCUUAUUUCUAGUGCAGAAUCCAGUGGGAAUUCAGUUUUGGAAGAUUUAUAUGAAAUUUAUGCGAACUAUAUCUCCCCAAUCAAGGUGGUUGAUGUCCCAUAGUUUCUAAUAUUUUUCAAAGAAAUUUUGUUACAUUUUGGAUUAUUAGUUACUUGUGAGUUAUAUUGAAUUUUUUUUUUGUUUCCUACCUUUUAUUUUGUUUUCUUCGUAUGUAUAGUAGAAACGUAAUGUGGGUUAUUGAUUUUGUUUUUUGACCAGGUCAAUAAGAAUGUCAUUGACCAAGUCUUGAUUUUCCUCUUAUUUUUUCGGCUAGCCACUGCUAGACAGAGAGCUAAAGAGUGCUCUCCAAGAGGGGGGCAAGAUGCCUUAAUUUUCUCGAGAAUUAAGUCCCUCUAAUAGAUGAUUAAGAUUAACAAUCAGCUCUCUUGAUGGAUAGCCCAAAUUCUUCCAUGAGGGUGGCACUAAGAUGGGUGGCUUAGAAUUCAUCUCUUGAUAACCCUUUUAGAUUCAAAUGGGUUAAGUUAAGGUGAUGCUCUCUCUUAGGCCUAUAAACAUAUUAGGUCAGUCCUUUCCAUAAAACUUGAGUUUUUCUUUGGAUUGAAAAUUUAGAUUUCUUUUAUUACUUUCAACUCAUAGUAAGAGUUUACUUAAGUUCUUGCAAUUAAAUAAUUAUCAAAAAAAUAUGAGAAAAUCACCACUAGACUUUAUAAAAGUCAAGUAGGGUUAGUUUCAUAAUAUAAAUAAAAUAAUAAAAUAAUAUAUAUUAUGACUUAAAUGAUAAAAUAUUAUAAAUGUCAUAAUGAGUCGGUAACACAUGCAUAAUUAUAUUCUCUACCUAUUAAUUAACAUUUAUAUAUAAGAUAUUAAUACAUAGAUGCACUACUAAUUUAUAACUAUUGGAUAGCCUACAUUAUCCUCUUAUGUUGAUGCUUUAAUCUCCAGUUAUUUAUUGGGCUUUGGUGCAUCUUUUUAUUUUUACCUUGUUCUUUUUCUUUUCUGCACCAAAUCUAAUGGCAAAUUUUCACUUCUUGGUUGUCCUUGUCUUAUGCUACUAUUUUUUAUUAACAAAUUAUGUUUGAUAUUCUAAGCAAAAGUGUUGGGCAAUUGUCUUGACCACCUUAAAGCCUAUAUCAGCCAAGGUUUAAUGGUUGGAUAGUGGAGUGUCGUCCUGGUCACCUAAAAGGUUUUAGUAACCAACAUUUCAUAAUAGGGAACUUUUUAGGUCAAGUACUUGCUUAAUCCAACUUCAGACCGGAAUCAACAGAUUCUUGGGAAAUAUGGUAGCCCAGAAGAACCCCAUUCAAAAUAGAAAUAGAGAGUGAAGAAAGGUAUAUAAUAAGCACUUGUUUUUCAUACAAGCACAAGUAGUAACUGGCGGAGUGUCUAUCAGUGGCAACCGCAGGGAGCAUCAGGUGGAGCAGCAAAAGUAAUAGCAUUGGUUUUUUGCCGUGCAUAGGCAUGGUCAAGGAUGAUCAUUUCCUCUUUUUCGUUCUUUUGGUCCUUUAUUUCUGUUUUACGGGAGGGUUUCAUUGAAGCUCAGUCUUCAUAAAGAGUUGAUGUUAUAAUAACCUCUUCUGUUUGAAACUCACUUUACCUUAUGUUGAGAAUUCUGGAUGCAUUGAGAACAAUGACAUGGAGAAGAAACCUCUGUCACGGAGGACAGAGGGGAGAACUUUUUUUCACGGAAACUGCCUUAUUCAUUCACCUUUAAUGUCCCUUCAGUAGGGACGAACUGGAUGCACUUUCCCAUAGUACCCUUAGUCCUUUACAAUAUUACACUUAGAUCUUCUAACACCUUAUUUCAUUUCUUCUCUUCAAUUUUAAUCAACAUUGUCUCUGCAUUUCUACUUCGUUCAUCUUCUGAAUUGGUAUAUGCCUAUUUUUGUAGAAUAAUGAUUUGGCAUCUUGUUGUCUACAUAUUCGUUUAUGUUUGUCUUAUAUUACUUAAAUUGAGAAUCUGUCAUUAAAGAUAUGUUUGAAUCUUGGAGAAGAGGAUCCAACCCUAUUACAUGCAAAAUAUUUGUGGAUGACUUAUUAAACUAUUGUAUUUGCUCUCAAGUUGAGAAAACUAUGAACUUUUUUUACCAUAUGUUUUGCUUUCACAUAAAACAUGACUGGUCUUUUUUUAACCAGUUGCUUAGAGGCUUAACGUGAAUCUUAAAUUCUUUCAGCUUGUUGUUUAAGGAAAAAUUGUAGAUUCAGAUUAAUGUAUUUCCAUUAAAUGUGUUAUUAAAUGAUAAUUCUCUAGAUUAGUCUGGUUGAUGGUUCUAGUAACUGCUACAAUUCCUAAUUUUUAAUCGCUUCUUGAAUAUGUGAUGUUAGUUCUCUUAAACGGUAUUUAUUGUCUCACUUACCUUGGUUUUUUUAUAAAAAAAAAAUUGUCUUUGUAGGAAGACUUUUCACUGAAGCAUGGUACUAGAAACUUCAAAAACAUUUCUUUCUUCUAUUCAAAUGGUAUGUUCAAAUGGCGCAUGCUGUUUUUUUCUUAGGCAUUCUUUAUCUUUUAAUAUAUGUCAUUUGACAUUAUUUUAAAACUUUUCUAGGCUUUCAUGAAGGGUCAGGUUCAGUGAACUUUGUAGUUCCAAUACAAUGCUCAUCUAACAUACUAGAAGGAGAUACUGGGUAUGUCAAUAUUCACAAUCUUUUUUCCUUUAUUAUACUAUUCAAUAUGUUUAUGAAUAAUAACUAAUUUUAUCAGCUUGAAUGGUUGCCUUUAGCAUUUCUUAAUUCUUUUCAGGUUCACAGGAAAAAUAAUGGCUAAAUUUUAAACUUUGUAAAGUAAACCGAAGAUGGUAUGUGGGGAAUUAGGCGUAAUGUCUGCUGGUGGAUUUUCUCAUCAAGCCUCCAGGCUACCAACAAAUAAAUAUCCCAUUCAAUGACUCUAGUUAAGACUGUGAUAAAUUACAGCAUGGUAGGAUUUAACCAUUAAUCUGUUGAGUUUCUGAAACUGUAAAUAUUAUCGGAUUUAUUGCUGCUGCACUGUUCAUUAUAGUUACUAGUGCUUUGUCACUUGUCAUCUUUGUAAAAAGAGUCGACCAAAACUGUUAGGUUUACUGAUACUUUGAUUUCUUUUCUUACCAAUGAUCAGAGGAAAAAUACUAUAACAUUCUUUAUGCGUGGAUAGGAUGUAUUUUAUUAUUUUCAAUUUUUAUCCUCGGAAAGCUUUUGCAUGUCAAGAGGUUGAGCUAACUUGAAAUGAGACUAGCACGAUAUAUAGUGUAAUGUGAUGACCUCUUUUAAAAUCAAUCUUUCUUAAACUCUACCCUUGCCAUUGCUCAACUUGAUUGCUUAGCAACCAUGAUUUAGUCAUUUAUCCUAUAUUUUUUAUCCAAAGGAGGUAUCUUCCCACCUUGUGAAGGUUACCACCCAACCCAUGUACACGAUAUAGUGGUUAUUAGUUGAGUGAAUUUUAUCCAGUGAUUCAUUAGAUUGUUCCCAUGUCAUGAUGAUUUGUUUCAGUUGUCAUUUACCACAGCCAACUGAGAUGGGGAAGACAGAAGUCUAAUUACCAAAAACUCUUGGUAAUUGUCAUCCUCAAGCAACCGUUAAAAUUUUCUGACAGCACAAUCCAAGUCAUGUUCUCUAUGGGAGAAUUAUCAUGUCGAGGUGGCAUUGUCAGUCUUACUUCAUAUAUUAUUUAAGAUUCGAAAGGCUCCGGAAAUCUCAUGGAAAAUCUUUUUUCAAAAAUACUCCGUUAUGAAAAAUAUUUCCUAUUGGAAGAAUUUUGUGUACAAAAAGGGAUUAAUAGGAAGGAAAGGGGCUGUUUCUCAUCCAGAUGUGUAGGGCUUGCUGAAGAACGAGGAAGAAAAGAGGGUUGGUGUAGAUCGAGAUUUUCACAGGUUCUAUUGCAUACGUUGUGGGAGAUGUGGCGAAAGUAACUUAGUAUGAGCGUCCAUUACCACAAGGAAAUACUGUGGAACGUGUUCUAAGAGGGGUAACCAGCCACAUUACAGGUUCCCAUUUUUGCGUUUUGGAGACUCCAUAGAGAGCCAUAUUUUUUGAAAGCUCACUUGUGAUUAUUUUGAUUCUUUAAGCUUCCAUAAGGAUUAUGGGAACGUGGACAGUUUAUUGACUCUAAAUUCUGAGAGGUACACAAGUUAUCAAAAAGAUAUUUAAGAAACUAGAACAAGUGAUGUUGUUCUUUGCGCAGUCUAGCUAAAAUGGAAGAAAACUAGCAUCUAUCUUAACUUUUAGACCAAAAUGUUCUGCAACCUAAGGUGGGAGGCAAGAGUUUGAGGUGAGCAAAAUCAUGGCGUGAUCCUUUUGCACAGGUUUAUGUUGGUAGUUAUAAACAAUUAAAUUGGGGUAUUGAAAAAACUCCACAUAAGUGACUCUGUAUGGGAUUGAAAUAAAAACUUCAAUAAGAACAAAAAAAAAGUUGCAUUUUGUGCAGCAACCACUUGGAAAGAAUUGUUUGUCUUCACGGCGACUCUGGCAUAUUAUUGACAUGCAAGGUCAUAUUUAGAUGCACACAAUUGCACUGGUAUGUCUUUCAUGAGGUCUAGAGAUUGAUAGAAUGAUGGGUGGCUUGAAUAUAAAUACCCGGGAGAAUAGUGGCUAUUCAUGCUAUCAACAAUUUUUUGGGCUGCUUGGAAGUUGAGGAGUGGACAUCUUUCGAAAGAACUGCGACAUGAGCUGAAUGGGUGGCAACAAUCCAAAGUCGCUUAUGCAAACAGAAACUGAGGGCUCACUCUCAUCCAUUGUUUCCCUAUUUUAGUCCUCUUUUUGCUUUUAUAUUUUUUUUUCCAUAUCUGUGAAUAAUUUGGUUUUCAGAAAAAACUGUUUAAAUGCUUUUUUUUUAGUGCGGCUAAUUCCCUCUUCUUGAUCUCAGUAGAAUAGGCGAUUGAGUUCAUGCCCACCACCCCAACCUUGGAAGAAUCAGUCUCAUGAUGUCAUUGAGCAGUGUGAUAAAGAAAAACAUCCAUAGUGAACCGCUUUAGGUAGAUCAGGGUGAUUUACUGAAGGGAACCAAAUGAAAUUGAAAGCAGCUUGGCUCUCCUGGAGGAAAACUCUUCCUCGUAGGUUGUAAGUUAGUAUGUCAAAGUCUAAUUCCUCUUGGAAGGUGGCAGAGUUCUAUAAUUACUGGCUUCAAGCUCAAGUACCAAGCUGUAGAGAUAGAUCCUGUGAGGGUAGCUAAGAAAGACAAUGGAUAAGGUGGCAGAGUCCUUAUCCAUUGUGAACAGACUGUACUGUGAAAACCAUUUUGUGCUCAUAAAAGUAAGAACGAGUUUAUCAACAACCGAAUGGUGAAGUUGGUUUGACUUCGCUUAGGUUCGCUCGCUCAAAAGUACUGAUUCUCAAUGUUGGCACUGUUUAACAGAGUUGCUGGAGGAAUAGCGAAAGAGUAUCCCUUUAGUUGGCAUAUUAGGUUCUAGCAUUAGUAAUCUGCCCAGUGGUAUAUUCUAUUGAUGGCUUCUGUGGGUAUGGUUGCUGUCAAAACAUUUUGGAGGAUACAGCAGUAGUUUGUUGUGAUCAAAUGCCAUCUUGGUGACUGUGAAGGAACUUUGUCAUCAAAACUGUUGACGGGUAAGAGUGUUAAAUUUAACAGUCAUGUCUGUUAUGAAUAUUGCUCCACUCCAUUUGUUGGAAAUGUAAUGAGUCUUUUGCCUUCAUCUGGAAAUGUAAUGAGUCUUUUGCCUUCAUCUCAAAUACAGUAAUUGAUCCGUAAAUUCUUAUUCUUCUAUUUUUUCUAGGUGUUCUAUUUGGCCCUCAAGCCUUUUCUUGUCAGAGUUUAUACUUUCUUAUCCAAAUCUCUUUUGCAAUAAAGUCUGUCUCGAGGUAAAGAAAAUUUUCUUGUGGUUUGUACUCAGAGACAUUAGUUACCUAUGUGCUUAUUGAGUUGUAUUCAACUUUUAUUGCUUUUCAUGUGAUGUCUUUUUGUAUUCUUUGUUUUUGUUUACUCUUCGGAGGCACACUGUUGCACUUCCGGUGAAACCUGCUAAGCUGCUUAUGUCGGUUCGUAAAUUUCUCUUUUUUUUCUAUGCACAUACAGCUUCAUACUUUUCAGAAUUGUGUUUAUGAGGAUCCCUGUUGAGCAGGUCUAAACUAAGAAAAACCUAUAGAGUUGGCUACACAGUUGGUCUACUAUUGUAUAUACCACCGUGUAAGUUUUUGGCUGUAUCCUUUCCAUGCUCCAAGCAAUAGCAUACCUUUUAUAGAUGACAAGGCACUAUACUUGUAGCGGGGAAAAUAUGGCUUUUUUGGUGGCAGUUAUUUUUCCUCUGUUUAUGUAGAGCUGGACGCUUUUUGCCUGAAAGAUGAGACGGAUUGGAACAGUGUAACCAAAUAGGGGUUCUUUUGGUUCAGGGGUACGUUAGCUGGUGUUAGUUGUCCUUGGUCUAGUUCAGCAGUUAUUUGGGCUGGCAUGAAGAUAUAAUGGAUGGGGUUGAAAUUAUUGGAGCCAAGUAUUUCGCUGACAAACCGUUGGUCCUUAGGGACGUGUCCUCAGUCUGAGCCUGAAAACAGAUUAUAAAUUGCGGGGAUAACUAAAAAGGACGGUAUUCAGGGAGGAUGUCUUUGUUCUUGGUAAAAGUAUCAUGUUUUACUUCAGUGGUUAACUGGUAGCCUCGUAAGCAUUAUUGUGUAAGAUUCUCAUUUGGAUAUUGGUAAAAAUAAGGGGAGGGUAUGUCAGUGUAGGAUCAUAAAUGAGGCUGCUCUUCUUUUGUCCUCUGUAGGAAGCAUUCGAGAAAGUGCAACUAGUGGUGCACUACAAAAUGCACAUCAACAACUGUGAAACUAGAGGUCUGUCCAUGACGCUGCUGGGGAGUUAUUAUGAGCACAUCAAACUGAACUGGGCUAUAUGUGUCUGUCUUUCUCUUGCUAUACAUAUAUGUAUAUGUAUACAUAUUUCGUUAGCAAGGGGGACUGAUUUUAAUAGUCGGAUGCAUAGAAGUUGGAUUGGUAGAUCAUGAUCUUAGGGAUAAUUGUGGCUUCCACUAAAUUUUUUAUGUUUGAUAGCAUUAAAAAUUCAUAUCCGAAUUUCAACUUGGAUCAAACUUGGGCUCAACAAGUGGAAAAUUAAAGUUACUGCUUUAUAAUAGAAUAGUAGGUCUAAAGACAAUACACUGAUAACUCUCUUUCCAGAAAAUCCCUACUUGAUCAAAUAGCUACGUGGUACUUUGUAGAUGGUUAUCAUACCUGUAUCAUCGUAAAGUGUGCAUUUUCGCUCCCGUUAUGUGACUAUUUUACGAAAACCUGAAAUCCAAAAGACCUGAUUCAUUCUGUCAAACCAUCUCACUGCUUAUGCUACAUGAAGAACUAUGUUCCUUUUGUUUUCAGUUUGUUUCAUUGAUUGAAGUUAUUAGUCCAGAUUUCCCAUCAGUUAUGACACCGUUUAUGGUUUCUGCUAAAGCGGAAAUAAUCUUGCUUGAUAGUGUUUGCUCCUAUUGUUGACUGUGGAGAACAAUUUUCUUUCCUUAGGGCAUGCUAUGCAUUAUUAUGCCAGAAGAUUACAAAUCCUGUUUUGCUGCUCUUGUCUAACGAUUAAAAAUCCCUUUUACCACUCCUGUCCAAUUUAGAUUCCUUUUUAUCCAUUCACGAGGAUCAGACUGCUUUAAUUUGUAAAAAGUUCUUAAUCUAAGAUUGUGUAUAAAUUUUAACUUCUAAAGCUAUUAUUUAUUCAAUUAAAAACACUCGAUAUUUCUGUUUUCUGAUGAUAUUUUCUAUUUCUCCCAAACGUACCCUGGACAUUGUAGAAAAUUAACCCUUUCUUGAAGGGAUUCCAUUCCUUUUAUAUGAGAAGCAUACAUUUUUGUUACAUGGAAAAGUACGUGUCCAUACAGUUUGCUAUCUCAUUGUGCAAUUUUCCUUUGAGAUUCACCCUUUUCUUCUUUGGCAUAAGCUGUACAUAGAGUUUAUUCUUCCUAAUUCUUUCUUGACCCUACCAGUCCAAACUUAUACUUUAUCAUGGUACCUUGUCCCAAUAUGGUUAAUUCUCUUUUUGGUCCCUUAGGCAUUUAUUUGCGUUCAUAGGGUGGUGGUUGGGGGGGGGGACUCAUAAUUUUUCCCAUUUAUUAUUCUGAGUCCAUUUGCUCUACCACUUGAAGUGGUAUUGCAUUUGGGAUCUGGUAUCAGUUGCAGUUGCUAUGCAUUUAAUUCGUUCAAAAUGGAUCCUUAGUUCUUAGGAAUUAGAUUUCUGAAACUUCACUGUUUAUUCUGGCUGCAGAUUUUGGAAGUGGGAAAAUCAGGUUGGAUUGUACAGCACAGAUUAUAACUUGUCACCUUUGACCCACUUGGCUUGAACUUAAGUUUUUGUGGAAAAUCCUCCUAAAAUAAGUAACUCAUUCCGUGUAGGAAAUUUUAACUUUGCUCUUAUAUGACUAGUGUUUAUUGGUUGUCAGAACUAUGGAAAAGCAAUCCAAUGAUUUGCAUAGAGUUUGUGAAGAAUUCUUUUAAUACGACAUGAUGAUUAUCUUCGCAAUUCUAAUGUUCUGGCCCUUGCUUUCUUUCUCUUCUCAUUUAUAUUUAGAUUAUCUUUGGAUUUUUCUAUGGUUUACUAUUUUUGCUGUUGCAUAUUCAAAUCCUAGUGUCUUAAACAGUGGUACAAACCCCAGGAAGCUAUGCUGAAGAAAAACUCAACUCAUAUUCACAUCAUAGAUGAUUUUUAUAUGCAAAUACCAGGGAUAAAAAACAAGGAAUACACCUAAUGACUAGAAAAGCCGACAAACUAGGAAACAAACCAACUGACUAGGAAACAGUCGAACUAAGAACUGAACUCCUAAUAAUACGUUCUUUCCCACACCUAAUUCUGAGGGGGAAAAAUGAGUUUUCUUAGUAGCUGACUCUACUGUGUGAUUACUGAUAUUUUUGCUUUUGCAGCAUUCACUACAUCUGUUUUUUGUUGCAUGGGAUUAGCAAAUAAUACUAAAUAUACCAAAUCAUGUUGAUUAUCCAUAAAUUUAUUUAUUUUCUCAUUUUUAUGAAUAUUACUGUUGGAUUUUAUUUUUUAUUGUUUUAUUGCUUAUAAUUUUCAGAUUCUAGCCGUGCAAAUUUAGAACUUGUGACUUCAGUACUUAAUCAACAUAUUUUUGGAUUUGCUGCGUUCAUUACAGCUUGGUGCAGGGGUUGGUUUGGUCGGUAUCAUCCUCAACAAAGUGAAAGCCUCAAAGGUAAACUGUCUGGGAGGUAUUGUAAUUUGAAUAAAAUAGUAAUUUCAUUGCACCUCUUCUGCUACAAUUUCUUUUCUGCGUGUACUUUCUAGCACCAUUAGUGUUGUAUGGUUUAUAAUGCUGUCUUCUAUGUUUUUUUUCAGAUAAAACACUGUGCUUUAGAUUUUUUUUCUUUUGUUUUCUCUUGGACUCUAACAAAGGGCUUGUGAUGUAAAGGGUUGUGUAUGCUGAUAUUUUAAUAUGUUAGAUGAGUCCAAGCGAAAGAAAAGUGGUGCAUUAAAUCAACGAGUUACAUCUACGUAAUGUUUUGGGUACUUGAAAAGUAUCAUUUAUGAAUUUUUAAAAUUUCAUGAUUAAAUUCACUGUCUAUGAUAUCUGCGGUAUUUUGGUCAUUUUGGUGGGGAUUCUAGCUGAUUACAUAUUUCGGAAGUUAUGCCUGAACUUGUGAGCCAUUUUACCGCACCUCUGGAUUAAUGUUAUCAAUCUGUAGUUGCUUAAAGUACUACGUUCCUCUUCUGUGUCAUCCGUUCUUUGGAUGCCCUCAGUGGAUCACAUAUAAACUCUAUUUCAACACUCUGAAUUGCUACAAUUAUGUCUAGUUAUAAGGUCCUGUGUCACAUGCAGGUGAUACUAACUGACGGUGAUCUCUCAACGUUGGAGAACAUGCAGGCCAAUUUGGAAAUCAACCAUCUUCGAAAUUCCAACGAGGUAAUCACAGGAGGUAUAGAAGUUGUAAAUGGAACAUCUUGUACAUUUUCUAGCGAUGGGGUUUUCAAAGGGCCAUCUCCCUCCCUAGCUUACACCCACCAGAUCAUCCCUCCUCUGGCAUGAUUGAUAGACUGACGUUCAUGAAUUGGCUCCACGAGGAGCCAUUGGGAGGGAGCUCCUUAGCUGAAGUCGACAGUCAAAGUGGAUAGCAGUUACUACAUUUAUCAAUUUUAUUAUGUUCCGGUGCAACUUUCAGGUGGAGUGCAAACACCUGUUAUGGGAGGUAGCUUCUGAAAUGGAGAUCACAAGCUACGAUCCAGACAUUGUGUGAGUGCCUUGUUGUCCUCUCAAUCAGUGAAUCAUUAAUGGAAAGUAUGAUUUUUUGGAGGCCUGGCCCAAUUUGGCCGCUACGCUUGGGGCCCUGAAAUCAAACCAAGAGAAAAUUAAAGAGGCCAGGUGCUGAGCCCUGGCUCAUGUUAGAACAUAAGCAUUGGAUCCAAGAUGAUAAGAUGCGUUUUUUAUUAUUAUUAUUAUUAUUUUUUCUUGUUGGUGAGGGAUAAUGUUGUAAACUUUCUCACAGAUCUCUUGUUGCAGAGUCGGUGCAGACAUCAUUUACGAUCCUCUGUGUCUGCCCCAUCUAGUGAGGGUCUUAUCCCUCCUCUUGAAGCCGAGGAGGUCCCACAUAUCGAAUCUCCAUGAAGGAGAUGGGACUCCUGCGGGUUGCGGAGAGGAAGAUCCAGUGAGAAACGAAUCAAGGAGGAGGUCGGAGGCACCCGCCGCUUACAUAGCCGUCGUCAUCAGGAACGUGGAGACAUUCCAUUGUUUCCUCGAGCUGGCCCGUGGGGCCCACCUUGCUGCCGUUGACAUCACCGAGGAGAUGCCGCCAUCGCAGCUGCUCCCAUACAUGGGCUCUUAUGAUCGGGCUGGAGUGAGGUUGUACCAGAUCUCGUCUACACGCAGUUGA